CCACUUAACUUUUGCAGUGAUUAAAUGUAAAUGGAAAGAAUUACUGUCUAGGAUGGCAUCUUCAAACAUUUUAGCACCAUAUUGAUUAAAUAUCAGAGACAUAGAUAACAGAGAUAAGCAGCUCCUUUAUACUCCAUUGUCAUUGAAAUAACACUCAUGCCUAUCGAAAAGUGAAAAAUUAGGCAUUUUGUAGUAAAUAAAUGUUACAGUUCAGAACUGUUCACUAUUUAGGGGAGAAGAAGCUCAGUCGGUAGAGCCGCUGUACGGUAUUUGGAAAGUCCCGGGUUCGAGUCCCGGUCAGACUGCACAUUUUUCUCACCCUGUGACAUUUGGCGCCCAACGGGGGACCGUGACUGAUAUAGCUCAGAGUUUAAUUUACACUGCUCUGUACAUGUAACUCUGUGAAAUUCGAGGACGAAUUUUAUUAUAGCAGGGGAGUAUGUCACAUUUCAGAACUGUUCACUAUUUAGGGGAGAAGAUGUGUAAGGGGCCGGAUAGCUCAAUCGGUAGAGCCGUGGUAUGGUAUUCCAAAGGUCCUGGGUUUUAGUCCCGGACAGGCUGCACAUUUUUCUCACCCUGUGACAUAAAACUUAAUGGAUAUACAUUUGAUCAUUUAAUAUUAUAUACCAUUUGAAACAUAAAUUUUUUAUCUAUUGCUACAUGUUAAAAUAUUGGUAACUUUCCAUGCCUUUCACUUAGAAAAACAUAGCAGAACAUACAUGUACCCACUGAGCCCAUUUUUUUCGUCAUAUGAAUAGUUUUGUAACAAAAAUUAUUAAGAAGUUCUCUUUAAAAAUUGAUGUAUCAUUUAUUUAAAUGGGAACUGUAAAUAUUUUUACCUGCAGCCGUAGACAAAUACAUAAGCUUUCAGAAAAUAUAUUAUUUUACUGAUUUUGAUAUCUGAUUAAUUAGUUGUAUUUGCUACAAGUUUUAAGUUUAGCAGGCACGUGUGAUAUUUUAACUGGCUAGGAAGUUGCCUAUCUCUGUAAUCUUUGUCUCUGUUAAUACUCACACUCUGAGAACUCGCUCUAAGCCCUUUGAUAGACAGACACUAUAUUAGUAGGUACCAGUAGUAGAGUUAGACUUGUCAAAGAGACAUGGAGAUAAUUUUGGAUGGGCAAUGUCUUUUUCCAACAGUUUGACAGUAUGAAAAAAAGUCUGUAAAAUGGGUCAAACCGUUCAUGCCAAAUUAAUAAGGCUAGUCAAAAGGCAACAGAAGGAAAAGAUGAUUCAGAUCUUCUGCAUUAUAUGGAACAGUUUGGUUUUAGUUUGAUGACAAUACAAAGUAUUAAGGCAGAAAUAAAGAACCAUGGGGAAGCAUAUGCUGUGAUGAAUUUUCUAGAUGCCAUUAAGAGAAGGCCAGGAUCGUUUCCCAAAUUUAUUGCAGCACUACGACACUCAAAACAAGCUGAUGUUUAUAAAAUUUUCAUGGCUCAAAUCAGAAAGCAUUUUGCAAAACAACAAACCCGUCUAGCAGAAGUACUUUCAUUGAUAUCAGAAGAAGAAAGACACUUAGGAAUAGUUGAGGAUCCUGAUGAAAGGGAUAAUGGUGGAAACAGAAGGAAUCAACAUACAGAGCAUUAUGCUUCGUCACCAGGAGUUUCUGCAGGGCUUCAGGGCAGUUCAUCAUUUAGCCAUCAAUCAGCUGAUAACCAGUGGUCAACUGACCUUUAUAAGAGAGAGAAUAAAAGAGAAAGUCCUCCGAAAAGGAUGAGUGAUCCGGAGAUGUCAAGGACGCCCGUCAGGUCCAGUUCUAAUCUUACAUCAUCAUCAUUGUCAUCGUUAACUUCACUAGAUAACAGCUUGCAAGGAGCCACUGGAAACACUGGGCAAAGUACAAAGAAUGUAUCCCCAUCAUCAAAUGUUCUAGACCCAGCAUAUGCAGGUGCGCCAAUAUCAACAUUAAAAGCAAAGGUUUACAAUAUGCUGGGUAAGGCGUUGGAGAAAACAAACACACAUGAUGAUGACAAGGAACCAUGGUGGGAGCACAUCAUUAAUAAUGGAGAUCUAAAUAUAUCCAGGAGGGAACAAAGACAAAUUGGAAAUCAUCGGAAUCCAGGAAAAGCGUUUUUAGACAUCCUAGAUGAGCGAGAUUAUACAUUAGAAGAUUUGGAUCGGCUGUUUGUUCAAUUUCGGAUCCAUGAGGCCUUGGGUAUAUUACGAGAGCAUCAAAACAAAGUUAUACCUGAGAAUACAUCUAGCAGACCUAAAGACAACAAUCUAAAUAGAAACCAAACACCAAAGGUUGAUGCCAGUAAAGAUUUGAAUAUAUCUAUACCACAGAUUGAUGUUCCUCCAGGCCCUAAUGAAGCUAACACUGCCACUGAUGUUAACCAGACUUCUAAUGAUGUUCCAAAUAGUCCAUCAACCCAAAGACCCGACAGUUGUGCAUCAACUCAGUCUUUGGACAAUAACAAUGAUUGUUCUAAUUCCCCAAUGCACUCUAUCGAAGAUGUGCCAAUGAAAGGUACAGUAGCAAUUCAAGCUUGUGGUGAUCCGUCUGGUUUGCAAUCACAACAAAGUUCUGAUGUUGAUGCUGUGAAAUUGAGAAAUGACUGGGUGAAUCAGUCUGAAAGAAGUCCUAACCAGGUGAAUCAGUCUGAAAGAAGUCCUAACCAGGUGAAUCAGUCUGAAAGAAAUUCUAACCAGGUGAAUCUGUCUGAAAGAAAUUCUAACCAAGGGAAUCAGUCUGAAAGAAAUUCUAACCAGGUGAAUCUGUCUGAAAGAAAUUCUAACCAGGUGAAUCUGUCUGAAAGAAAUUCUAACCAGGUGAAUCUGUCUGAAAGAAAUCGUCAAGCUUUAGAGGGUUACAGUCCAAUUCAUAGGAGUGAGUCAGAGGAAAUGUGUAGUGCAUCAAAUCAAAGAGAAGAUGAGGGUAACAGAAAUGCAGAGUUGAACCAGGAACAGCUAGAGAGGAACAGUCCUCCGGUUCAGGGUCAAGGUGAUGGUGGUGAAGGUUGCCAUGGCAACCGUGAAAGUCAAAGUGGGUCAUCAGGAAACCUGCCUUUAUUAAGUGGAUUACAAUCAAUGGGGAUGGAUUCCGAAAUACCAGGAGAAAAUCCUGAAACACAAGAGCAAAGAGUAGUAAAUAUCCCCCCUAGAAGCUUGACAAGUUAUGAAGCAAAUGUUGGCAAUGUGUCAUCUGCUAAUAGGACUCAAGAAACACGUGGUGUGGAGUUUGUACCUCCCAGUAUUGAGAGUGAGUAUUCAAGAGAAGCAAAUGAGGAGAGUGGGUUUUCGUCAGGGGAGUCAAAUGUUGAAAGACUAAAUAUUGAGUCAAUCUCUUCUGUGAAUGAUGAGGCAACAAGGAGUUUAACAGAGCCUGACUUGUUACAACAAACUCAUUCAGCAGCUACAGAUAAUGUUGCUUUAGAUACAAAACCAGAAGAGUCCAAACAUUGAUAUGUGAACAAAAGAUUUAUGGACAAAAAAAUUAUCGAUCUUUCUGGUAAAUUAUGGGUCAUUAAUGUGUCGUAUGAUUCAAAGAACGAAUAUGCUUGGACAGAAGUUAAGUUCAACAAUAAUUGAAGUAGACUUAGGUAAACACAGUUUAUGAAGCAUUAUCCCUUAUGAUUUUGGUAAUGUUUUUUGGAUUUGCAAACAUGAUUACUCAGUUUUACCUGAGAAUCAACAGAAAUUAUUUACAUUAAAUCUCAGGAUUUUCAUUGGUCAGUGUACUUUCUGUGGCAGUUUUUGAACAAUCAAAUAUCAGAGCGUAGAGAAUUUAUUUAUAACCUUGGACCCAGGCAUUAAUUACAUUUGGUUAUUGACUAGCGAGGGAAGAGUUUAUAUUAAUGGCUGGAAUGUUCAUCUCAGUGAGGAAGAAAAGGACAUAAAGGUCACAAGUUACAGAUAUAUCUUUGUUACUGGUACUUUGGUACAAGUUAUCAUAUGCUAAUCCUCGAACAAAGUUAACCAUAUAUAGAUGUUCAUUAAACACAUGCUAGAAAGAGUUAGACGGUGAUAACUCUAUGGGCAGCAUGAUAUGGAGGUGUUUUUUGAAAUAAUUCGAGUAUAACGAACAUCAUAGGGUCUUUGUUACAGAACAUCUUUUUCUCGUACCCAACAUUACUGGUUGCAAGUAGUUUUCUGAAGUUCUCUAAAAAAACAUGUCAAGAAUGUGAAGAAAGAAGAGAGCAAUGCUCGUUCUAGAAAAUAUCGCAAUUUAAAAAGUAAAGAAUAAAGAAAACGCAACAGAAAAUGCAGAAAUCACAUGUCACAUACAUGUUAAUCGUUAUCUGAUGGUGCACAUGACAGUAAAAAAAAAACAUGUCACAUCUGACAGUGCAAGAUAGUAGAGAAAGCUGAUUUGUUAUGAGCACACAGAUUUAAGACAAUUUUUGGCCUGUUUAGAAGAGGAUCUCAUGGAGGAAAGAGACAGUUAAAACUGGUUAGGACCUGUUUAAGACUCAUCUUUUAGCAAAGGUUAGAGGUCACAAUAAUGUUAAAGUAUAAAUAGGUGCAUUUUUACACAAGCAUUAGAUAGGAAAGAACAGAUCUGCAAGGGGAAUCGUCAGUUAUUGCAAGGGAAUGGCAGGGACAUUUCAUGCAGUAGAUUAAUGACCAAUUAGAUAAAUGUUCGUCAAUAAUUAUUACAGGAAAAGAGGAGCAACUUAGUUUUAGUCUCGGUCACUCAACCAUCUUAGAUUUGAGCCGGAAAUAACCUGUUUGUGCCUAAAAUAAUGCAUGGAGGGGCACUUUAGGUCAUCCUUCACCAGCAAAAGUGGAAAGUCGCCAUAUUACAUAUACAGUGUUGGUGCAAUGUGAAACCCAACCAAAAAAAAUGUUUAUGAAACUCACUUAUUGACCAUAAGUAUGUUAAUAUGCCAUUUUAAAUUUAUCUCAAGUCAAGUGGACCAAUUCACACAUUGCUAGUUACCUAUAUGUUUACUGAGAUACAUGUAUUACAAAAUAACAAUGUUGAACUCGUUAUCCUAUUGUAUAAAUGAAUUGUGCAGGUUAGAUAAAUGAAUUAAUUUGUCUCAGUGUGCACAAGGGAUGGGAACCAAUUGACUCCUUGGGGUCACUGUGACUGAAUUGUUAAAGUCGCUAAAUCAUGUGUCCCUCAUUGCUGUUGGUUCAGAAUCCAACCAGGGACUAUGUAUUCUUUCAUGUGAGGAAGCAAUCAAGCUAGCUCAUAAAAGGCCAGUGGUUCUGCUUAGGUGCUUGAGGUUGUCUUUCACCAGUAGAGCUGGAAAGUUGCCAUGCGAUCUUUACAGUGUGAAUGUAACUUAUUAUUUCUACAAGAGGUUAAGUGUAUAAAUAAACACUGUUAAAAAUAACUUAAUUUACAUGUUUUCAUUGUAUGUACAAGUUACAGGAUAUUUAAAAAAAUUGUAUCAUUAUGCUAGCUUUUCACAGAUUUAUAUAUUGAAAUGUUUGAUUUAUUUUUAAUCUGUGUGAAUGUAAGCAAUAUUUUCUUGUCUUAGAGCCGGUGAUUUCUGUAUUAUAUAUAUUUCAAUAUUUUGUGAUAUACAUUUUCAGCAGUUAUAAUUAACAAUAAUUCCUGAUUUCAGUUGUAUGUGUUAUGAUCAUACCCUUAUUUAUGGGCCUUUUUAUUGGAUAAAAAAUACUAAAAUAUUAAUAUGUAUGUAUGUAUAUU